AUAUUACGGCUUAUUGUCUCCGUGCAUUGUGAUCGCCGAUAAAGAGAUGUUGCAGGAAAUACUCGUGAAACAGUUUGCAAACUUUUCUGAAAGAAAGACACUUUAUGGAUUUGUCGGAGCUAUAGAACAUUCUCUCCUUCAUCAGAAGGGGGAACAAUGGAAACGAACCAGGAGUAUAAUGUCUCCCACAUUUACAGCUGGUAAAAUGCGCAAGAUCGUUCCAUUUAUCCAGGACGCUUGUGACACCAUGUUAAAAACGACCCGGAACGCCAUUAAACAUGGGGAUAGUGGUCAAGUGGAAGUACACAGGUUAUUUGGAGGAUACACAAUGGAUGUGAUUAGUUCCACAGCUUUCGGUAUCCACGUGGAUUCUCAGAGUAAUAAAAACGACCCCUUUAUAUUUUACGGAAGUAAACUUGCGAGGGUUUCCUUUUUUUCACCUGCGAUACUACUCGUAGAUCAAAAAGAUUUCCUUCGUUUAAUGGUUGAUGCUCAGGAAGAUGGAAGAGAAUUGGACGGAGGAGACAAGCAUUUUAAUAAAGGUCUAACGUUCAACGACAUCCUGGCGAACACAAUAUUGUUUUUUGUUGCGGGCUACGACACAACCAAUAUAACUCUCACCAUGAAUGCAUAUCACCUCGCUACGAAUCCAGAAUGUCAAGAGAAGCUGCGCCAGGAAAUAAAAACAGUUUUCGGGUCGGGACGGAUUGACUACGAAAACCUCACGAAACUUCGAUACCUUGAUAUGUGUCUUAGUGAAGUCCUGCGUUUGCACCCUCCGUUUGUGAGAUUUACUAGAACAUGCGUCAAAACUACAAAGAUAAAGAACCUUACGAUUCCAACUGGGAUGAUGGUGAUUGUGCCAGUAGAUUUUUUGCAUCAUGAUCCGGAUGUUUGGGAAAAACCGGAAAGCUUUAAUCCAGAAAGAUUUUCUGAAGCGGAGAAAGCUUAUGAACCGCUGGACUACAUCCCCUUUGGACACGGUCCCCGAAAGUGUAUUGCAUCGCGCCUUGCAUUUCUGGAGGCCAAAAUGAUUACUGCUGAACUCGUGCGCAACUUCCGGUUGAGUGUGGGCAAUAAAACUGUCAUUCGUCCGAAAUUACACGACAGAUCCCCCGUCCAAUCACCGCUACAUUUGUGGUUAAAGUUGGAGGAAAUCAGACAAACCCAGACAUAAGUCUGAAAGUCGAACAAUAACCCAUAAUGGGACAUAAUUAAUCAGGAAACACAUGAUAGUA